GUUGACAGAGAGUGCUGUUGGCUUAUUAUAAUAUUCUACCACUUUCAUUCUGGGGAAGAGCAGUACAUUUUCAUGUUCAAAUUUGGGAACUUCUCACUAUUAUUCACCAUCAUGUACAGAUCUCAUAAAUCUAAGACCAGUUUUAAAUGUCAUAUAUGUAUAUUCUAUUUCUGGGAAACACCAGAUAGAGUGUUAUUUUGGGCAACUGUGGGUUGACCUUGAAAAACUUACAUUAACAAGGAGAAAAAGCACGUUUUAAAUGGUGACACAUUUAACAAGGAACUUUAAAGAAUAAGAGAAAGUGUGUAGGCGUUCCAUAGUAACAACCUAAUGGUAUCACAUUGUGUUUCAUGAAUGAGGGCUAUUCACAAAGUUCCCACAAAUACGACCAAUGUAAGAACAUAACUAUCUAGUAGCUUUCUUUAUCAUUCAUUCUAUCAAUGUUUUACAAGUCCCGACUAAGUACCAGACAGGAUCUUAGUUGCUAUGAAAAUGAAAAUGAGUAAGUUACAACUCCUUCCAGUCUGUAGCUCAGUUUAAUUGGGGGAGGUGGGGGGAGAGAGAACUCAGCACUUACAGGUGUGUCGCUCAUAUUUAUUUUAGGACUAAUGGAUUAUAGGCAAAAUCAACUUUGAGAAUAAAAUCUUGUCACCUAGAUAUAUGUCUUUUGCAUUUAAUAAACCAAUUACAAGGAGGACUAUGAGGAAAUAUGUCAGAAAUUUAAUAGAGGUGAUCUCUGUGUAUUGCUAAUUAGUAGUGGUUUUAUAAAUGCUCCAUGGUUUCUAAAACAAAUAUGUUAUUUCUUUAACUUCAAGAAACAAGAAAACAAAACAUCACUGAUUUUAAGCUAUUAUGUUUCCUUGAGUUUCUGUGCCUGACUGGUUAUGCAAUUUUAUGUUUGCACUCACUAGAGAUAUUAGACAGUCUCUUUGAGAAUGUCUCAAGGCAUGGAUUGACAAACUUUGCCUAUAAAGUUUCAUUAGUAAAUAUAUCACGCUUUGCAGGCCCAAACAGCCUUUGUCACUAUUCAAUGCUCUUUAACAGGAAAACAACCAUAAACAAUAGGUAAAUGAAUGAGCAUGUCCGUAUUCCAAUAAUAAUACUUAGAAAAAUAGGCAGAGGGUUAGAUUUGCCUUAGUUUGCUUAACCCCUAAUUUACAGCAUUUUUAAAAAAUGCAAAGGCCUGGUUCUCAUACCUCCCAGGAUCAGAUUCUGGAGAGAUAGAUAAGCCCUUAGAACCUGCAAAUUUACACAGUUGCCAUUAUUAUUACUAUUUACUAUUUACCCUUAAGUUUGAGAACUUUCAUUUUCUUUACCUACCAGAAUACCUGAAGCACGAAUUUGUCUCUACAGUAUCCUUGAGGGAUUUCCAUUUAGCUUGAUGGCUUUGAAGUUUGUGGAGCAUACCUUAUCAGGCAGAACUUCUAUUUCAAAUAAUUGACAGGGAAAAUAUGAAGGCAAAAUUCCUAUUGAGUUAAAGUCUAAAAUUUUUUUUUAAUUUUUUUUUAACAUUUAUUCAUCUUUGAAAGGCAGAGAGAGACAGAGCGUGAAUGGGGGAGGGGCAGAGAGAAAGGGAGACACAGAAUCUGAAACAGACUCCAGGCUCUGAGCUGUCAGCACAGAGCCUGACGCGGGGCUCGAACUCACGGACCGUGAGAUCGUGACCUGAGCCAAAGUCGGCCACUCAUCCGACUGAGCCACCCAGGCGCCCCAAAGUCUAAAAAUUUUAAUUUGAAGAGAACAAGAGCCUUUUCUCCCCUGUUUACUGUUGUAUUUCCAGCUACAGAAAAUAGGGUAGGUGCUUGGCACAGGGCAGGUAUUUCGAUAAAUAUUUGCAGAUGAUCUGAAUGCACUUUCAUUGCUUGGCCCUCUCCCCACUUUCAGGUUGCCUGACCCUCCCUUUAUGUGAUAAAGAGGUAAGUGAGUCUUAGCUACAGCUUUCCUGCUUUUUAUACUGUCUCUUUUGGGUUUUAAUCCAUUGUUUCAUCUCUUUUGAGUAAUUUGGGGGUUAUAUAUCCUGUCCUCAAGACUUGUGAUGCCCUGACAUACCUGGUUCUAAGGCAGGAUGACAUUUAUAAGCAUUGAUAAUGAUAUUAACUGAAGAUUUUUCUUCUGUAAGCAGAAGAAAUCAAUAUGCCAACUUCAACAAAAAAAAGUAUUAGGAAAAUUAGGUGACAACUCAGCAGCAAGUGUCGAUGGACUUUCUCUCAGGAGUGCCAUCGAAAUAUAACUCAGCUCCCAGCAUUUUUCCACCUCUGGGCCUUUGCACAUGCUGUGCUCUGUGCUGGUUUCAAAUUCCUGGAGAGAGAGAUUUGUUGAGCCAAGGUCAGGGACCUGUUAUUUAGUUUAAUUACUUCGUCACUGUGGUUGGGGGGUACCAUUAAUCACCCCAUGGAGAGAAAAUCAAAGGCUAUUACCAGUAGGAUGUGGGGGUGGGAUAAAGAGAUGCUAGGAAGACUCAAGUAGUUUAGACAUGUUAAUUUGGAUGCCUUUUAAAAAUAAUCUGUAAAUGACUGGAUUCUGGUUUUCAAAGCCCAUUCCUGUGUUUUAAAUUUUGCUACUAACACAAACCAGGCUGAGACCUCUAACAGGUCCAGGCCAGUACUUCUCUCUGUACUGCCGCUCUGCUGUGGAUGAUGUUCUGUAAUUGCUACGGACUUCCUCUCGACCUGAAGAUUUGAUUUGAAGCCCUGCCUUAGCUGCGUUUUCCUGAGAGAUUUGAUUUUCAGUCCUGUUUUCCCUUUUAGAUUAUAUUUAUUUAUACUAUCUAUCCCUGUCCAUUUCCAAGAAAAGAUUGUUACUGGCAGUUUUCAAAUCAAAUUCCACAGUAAGAAAUGGCACAGAUAAUAUUCAGACAGCUUCCUCUAAUCCAUUCACCUCUGGUUUUGUCCCUGAUUAGCUGCCACCCAGACAGACACUGCCCCAGCACGGUCCUGGAUCUGCUGUACAUCAUGAUGGUCCUUAGAAUGAAGUCCUUCCCCACUUAAUGGCCCCAUCUCCCCCAUACCCAACCGUUUAAAGUCUCUCUUUGUUCUGUUGUUGUACUCUGCCAGGGUCGACAGGUUCUGAUUGCUCUUCCCUCCAAGAGCAUCUUCUUUCCCUCUGGCCACUCCGUUCUUUUUUUUUUAAGUUUAUUUAUUUAUUUUGAGAGAGAGAGAGAGAGAGAUUACUGGGGAGGGGAUGAGAGUGAAGGCACGAGAGAGAAUCCCAAGCAGGCUCUGCAAUGUCAGAGCAGAGCCUGACUUGGGGCUUGAACUCACGAACUCUACAAGAUCAUGACCUGAGCUGAAAUCAAGAGACCGACGCUCAGCUGACUGAGUGGCCCAGGUGCCCCUCACCACUCCGUUCUGUGCUGCAGUUCCACUGGCUGACUUUCUGCUGCAGACACACACAGAUCUGUUCCCUCCACCUGGAAUGUGCCUUUUCCACAUGUUUACAAGGCUGGCUUCUUCAUGCUUUUUGGAUCUCAGCUCAAGAGUGACCUCCUUAAUAAGAGAUGCUUUCUCUAUCACACUUUCUAGAUGGUUUGUGUCUCCUAAGUUACUCUAUAUCCCAUUACCCUAUUUUAUUUCAAUGUUGCAAUGAUCACCAUCCGGAAUCCCACUUCUUUGUGUACCUGUUGAUUGCUCUCUGCUCCUCACUAGAAUAUAAGCUCCAUGAGAAAGCAUGGAUUUUGUCUCCAGUCUUCCCUAGAUGUUUAGAGCAGUAUCUGGUAUACGAGGUGCUCACUGAACAGGUUAAUGAAUUAAGGCCAAUUUGCAAUUUUCAAACUGUCUAGUCAAAUCUAAACAGACUCACUUCUCUGAGAUAUAUUAAAGCCAGAGAGAACAAAGUUAAGCAAUCGGCAUCUUUUGGAUUGUGGGAGGCUGAGCUUUCUGGAUUGUCUGUUGGAAUGUCUGAUCCCAGAAACUAAUACCCAUUCAAAGAAAGGUGCUGAGGAUUUGCUGCAGCUUUUAUAUUUAUGCUCUUGGGUCACCCUUCUCAUGAUCUCUGCCAGCUCUGUGUUUGCAGAGCUCAGCAGAUUAUUUUAUGAGGAUGAGAAGAAGCAACAUGUGAUGAUUAUGAUGGAGCCUUAGCACAAGGCAUACAUACCUCUAAUGUUAACUCAGACUAUUUAUUGAUGUCUCAUCCUCAUAUAAGACCCAACCAUUUCCAUUUCCUGUUCAGUUGACACUACCUACAUACACAUCAGCCUCACCUAUCUCUACAGGACAGUAUUUCUUCUCCGCUCAUGUGUACACUCAUAGCCCGUAUGCACAUGUGCAUGUACAUGUAGACCAGCAGCCCCAGUUCUGAAAAGUGUUGCACAAGCCAAGCUAUAGCAUAAGCCACUAAAAUGACUUCUGACCUUAUAAGGAAGGAUUGAUUUGGAAAAUUUUGAGGUGAAUGUAAAGACAACAGAUAUGUCCAGUUUUCUCUGGCAACCUUGAUUUCCUUCCCCUAGUAUUUCUUCUUGGGCGACACAUGUAAUCAUUCUUACAUAUUUAAGUAAAUAAUAAUUGGUUUGCUUCUGACUGAUUAGACCUUUGUUAUAAUGUUUUCCUUAGAGCUUCAUGCUGAUGGAUCAACCUGUGGGUGAAAUUAUUUUAAAUAGUUUUAAAUGGUCUUUAAAAACUUCAAAAAUCAAACUCUUUGGCCUCCUUGGGUGGAGUCUAAGAGGGUCUUUAUGUUGUAUUAGCUGCGUGGUAAACAACGUUAGUAAAUGAUAAGCUUCCUGUAUGAAUUUAUGGUGUUUCAUAUACAUCCCUUAAAAUGCAGAAAUAAAAUAACUAGUUCUUAACUCGCCAGGCCCUAGUAUGUCUCAGCUUCUUAUCCGGUGUUAUUUUAGCCCUUCUAAGAGGACAUUGAGGAAGAGGAUGGCAUCCCAGUAUUUGCCUGGGGAGGGCUAUUUCUGUCUUUCUGCCUGAUGCUGAUAUUGAGCCUUGAUGGGGUGGCUGGACGAGAGCAGCUCUUGGCUCAGCAGAGAAUGCACAGUAUGAUCAGCUCAGUGGAUGUGAAAUCAGAGGUUCCUGUGGGCCUGGAGCCCAUCUCACCUUUAGACCUGAGGACAGACCUCAGGAUGAUGAUGCCUGUGGUGGAUCCUGUUGUCCGUGAAAAGCAACUGCAGCAAGAAUUACUCCUUAUCCAGCAACAGCAGCAAAUCCAGAAGCAACUCCUGAUUGCAGAGUUUCAGAAACAGCAUGAGAACUUGACACGGCAGCACCAGGCUCAGCUUCAGGAGCACAUCAAGUUGCAACAGGAACUUCUAGCCAUAAAACAGCAACAAGAACUCCUAGAAAAGGAGCAGAAACUGGAGCAGCAGAGGCAAGAACAGGAAGUAGAGAGGCAUCGCAGAGAACAACAGCUUCCUCCUCUCAGAGGCAAAGAUAGAGGACGAGAAAGUAAGAGGCACCAGGGAGCAGUGGCAAGUACAGAAGUAAAGCAGAAGCUUCAAGAAUUCCUGUUGAGUAAAUCAGCAACAAAAGACACUCCAACUAAUGGAAAAAAUCAUUCCGUGAGCCGCCAUCCCAAGCUCUGGUACACGGCUGCCCACCACACGUCACUGGAUCAAAGCUCUCCACCCCUGAGUGGAACAUCUCCAUCUUACAAAUACACAUUACCAGGAGCACAAGAUGCAAAGGAUGAUUUCCCCCUUCGAAAAACUGCCUCUGAGCCCAACUUGAAGGUGCGGUCCAGGUUAAAACAGAAAGUGGCAGAGAGGAGAAGCAGCCCCUUACUCAGGCGGAAGGAUGGAAAUGUUGUCACUUCAUUCAAGAAGCGAAUGUUUGAGGUGACAGAAUCCUCAGUCAGUAGCAGCUCUCCAGGGUCUGGCCCCAGCUCACCAAACAAUGGGCCAACCGGUAACGUUACUGAAAAUGAGACUUCAGUUUUGCCACCUACUCCUCAUGCUGAGCAUAUGGUUUCACAGCAACGCAUUCUAAUUCACGAAGAUUCCAUGAACCUGCUAAGUCUUUAUACCUCUCCCUCUUUGCCCAACAUUACCUUGGGACUUCCAGCAGUGCCAGCCCAGCUCAAUGCUUCAAAUUCACUCAAAGAAAAACAGAAGUGUGAGACUCAGACGCUCAGACAAGGCGUUCCUCUGCCUGGGCAGUAUGGGGGCAGCAUCCCAGCAUCUUCAAGCCAUCCCCAUGUCGCUUUAGAGGGAAAACCCAACAGCAGCCACCAAGCUCUCCUGCAGCAUUUGUUACUGAAAGAACAAAUGCGACAGCAAAAGCUUCUUGUGACUGGCGGAGUUCCCUUACAUCCUCAGUCUCCAUUGGCAACAAAAGAGAGAAUUUCACCUGGCAUUAGAGGUACCCACAAAUUACCCCGUCACAGACCCCUGAAUCGAACCCAGUCCGCACCUUUGCCUCAGAGCACAUUGGCUCAGCUGGUCAUUCAGCAGCAACACCAGCAAUUCUUGGAGAAGCAGAAGCAAUACCAGCAGCAGAUCCACAUGAACAAACUGCUUUCGAAAUCUAUUGAACAACUGAAGCAACCAGGCAGUCACCUCGAGGAAGCGGAGGAAGAGCUUCAGGGGGACCAGGCGAUGCAGGAAGACAGAGCGCCCUCUAGUGGCAACAGCACUAGGAGCGACAGCAGUGCUUGUGUGGAUGACACACUGGGACAAGUUGGGGCUGUGAAGGUCAAGGAGGAACCAGUGGACAGUGAUGAAGAUGCUCAGAUCCAGGAAAUGGAAUCUGGGGAGCAGGCUGCUUUUAUGCAACAGCCCUUCCUGGAGCCCCAGCACACACGUGCGCGCUCAAUGCGCCAAGCUCAGCUGGCUGUGGUUGGCAUGGAUGGAUUAGAGAAACAUCGUCUUGUCUCCAGGACUCAUUCCUCCCCUUCUGCCUCCAUUUUACCUCAUCCAGAAAUGGACUGCCCCCUCCAGCCUCGCUCUGCAACUGGAAUUGCCUACGACCCUCUGAUGCUGAAACACCAGUGCAUUUGUGGCAAUUCCACCACCCACCCUGAGCACGCUGGACGAAUACAGAGCAUCUGGUCACGGCUGCAAGAAACUGGACUGCUAAAUAAAUGUGAGCGAAUUCAAGGUCGAAAAGCCAGCCUGGAGGAAAUACAGCUUGUUCAUUCUGAACAUCACUCACUGUUGUAUGGCACCAACCCUCUGGAUGGACAGAAGCUGGACCCCAGAACACUCCUAGGUGACGCCUCUCAAAAGUUCUUUUCUUCAUUACCUUGUGGUGGACUUGGGGUGGACAGUGACACCAUUUGGAAUGAGCUGCACUCGUCCGGUGCUGCACGCAUGGCUGUUGGCUGUGUCAUCGAGCUGGCUUCCAAAGUGGCCUCAGGAGAGCUGAAGAAUGGGUUUGCUGUUGUAAGGCCCCCAGGCCAUCAUGCUGAAGAAUCCACAGCCAUGGGGUUCUGCUUUUUUAAUUCAGUUGCAAUUACCGCCAAAUACUUGAGAGACCAACUAAAUAUAAGCAAGAUAUUGAUUGUAGAUCUGGAUGUUCACCAUGGAAAUGGUACACAGCAGGCCUUUUAUGCUGACCCCAGCAUCCUGUAUAUUUCACUCCAUCGCUAUGAUGAAGGGAACUUUUUCCCUGGCAGUGGAGCCCCAAAUGAGGUUGGAACAGGGCUAGGAGAAGGAUACAAUAUAAAUAUUGCCUGGACAGGUGGCCUUGAUCCCCCCAUGGGAGAUAUUGAGUACCUUGAAGCAUUCAGGACUGUAGUGACGCCUGUGGCCAAAGAGUUUGAUCCAGACAUGGUCCUAGUUUCCGCUGGAUUUGACGCAUUAGAGGGCCAUGCCCCUCCUCUGGGGGGGUACAAGGUGACAGCAAAAUGCUUUGGUCAUUUGACGAAGCAAUUGAUGACAUUGGCUGAUGGACAUGUGGUGUUGGCUCUAGAAGGAGGACAUGAUCUCACAGCCAUCUGCGAUGCCUCAGAAGCCUGUGUAAAUGCCCUUCUAGGAAAUGAGCUGGAGCCGCUUGCAGAAGAUAUUCUCCACCAAACCCCGAAUAUGAAUGCUGUUAUUUCUUUACAGAAGAUCAUUGAAAUUCAAAGCAAGUACUGGAAGUCAGUUAGGACGGUGGCUGUGCCAAGGGGCUGUGCUUUGGCUGGGGCACAGUUGCAAGAGGAGACGGAGACCGUUUCUGCCAUGGCCUCCCUGACGGUAGAUGUAGAACAGCCCUUUGCUUCAGAAGACAGCAGGUAUGGAUCCAAGAUUGGGGAGUCAUUAAGGUCAGUAACAUCCAGGCUCAUCAUUAGCAUUUGUGAACCUCUCUCCAGGCUUUCCUUCUCCUGUCUCCUCCACUUCCACCACCUGUGUUCUCCAAAGCCACAGAUGCCACAGCACACACUAUAGGCCACCAAGAAUUCCAUUCUUAGUGGGAAACACAGAACUAGAGCAUGUGGUUGCAGUUCACAGAGAAAUAGAGGGCGUGAGAUACAUGGUGAGAAAAAUCACUCCUUGUUGAGUAAUUUAGUGCAGAUCAUUAUGGAAAGAGCUGUUUGUGGGCUUUACUUCUUAGUUAUCUCUCAUUUUCCAGAUAUUCUUUUUCUAUCAUCAUUUUGAAAUUACUGUUAUAACAAAGUGAAAAAACGAGAGCAGAAGUUGGAGGUAUUACUAGUCAAUAAUUUAGAAAACCUAAACAUGUACGAGCUCCUUAUAUGACUAUUCUUGUGGUACAAGGACUGGAUAAAGAUACAAGUGGCCUACAAAGGAGAUGGGAGUGUGUGAAAAGGAAUGUGUGGACUCUUCAGUCUGAUUUUAUUCUAUCUUAUGAUAAGAAGUUGAAUCCAGUCAGUCUUCAUAUGAGUAUAGCUUUCAGGAAAAGAAAAAUAAGGUUAACCUAAGAUUGAGUUUGCUUAUUCUCCUUCUGAGAAACGCUUGUUGGUUUGUGCAUUUUGGUGUUCAUCAUCCUAUCAUACAGACGGUGUUACAUUCAAGAUUUCUUUUAAGUCUGCCAGAACCAAAUCCAUCACAAAUGUACAUAUAUUAACAUUGGUGCUUUCUGUAGCUGGCUUCAAAGUCACAUUUUCUCAAUUUAAAAACGAAUCAGGUGAGGCUUUACUAAAGCUCUUCCAGCUUGCACUUUUAAAAUGCUUCUGAGAAGGAAAUCAUAUUCCCUCUGUCAAUAACAUCACCAUUAAUUAUACAGAUCCUGCUACCUAGUACCUAGUUGGCAAUUUUCCCAAGAAUGUGCAAAUUUGAACCGUUUUAGCUUUCUUACUUUUACUGGACAUUCGGAGUUUAAUGGAUUUAACAUCUUGCUUUGGUGAAGAGCAGGAGAUGCAUUGAAUAAAAUAUUUCAUUUUUAUGCAAGUAUUUUUCUUACUAUAACCAUUUAAGACCAGAUUACCUGUAAAAGAAAAAAAAGUUGUAUAAUACUGUAUUAGAAGGCAUCUUCAUAUGGGCAUCUGGAGCAUAAAGGGAAAACUUAUUUCACUUCUUCGAUAAUAUGAACUAACCCCCUGCAGUUCCCAGCUAAGAACCAAACCAAGUUCAUAAUGCAAAGGUGUUGCAAUUAUUCCCAAAGCCAAAUGCAGUUAGUUGUCUGUCAUCUGAGGACUAUAAAACUGAGCAAACUAAACAUCUGUUAGUGUUGGAUAUAAAAGGAAUAUAUUUGUUCUUUAGAAUUCAUUUAAUAUAGAGAAGUGAAGCUAAAUUCCAACCUGAGUGAAAUGAAUUGUAAAUAAUUUUGCUUAGAAUAAUUAAGAAUGAUAAGUCAUGUUAUAAGCCCCAAGUAGUAAAAACAAUCUCAGAACUUUGGCAUGAAUUCUCUCUAUAAGUAUGCUUGCUUAUCCUCAGGUAAAUAAUGUGUUUGACUUCUGUUAAUCAGUGGGGACUUAACCCUGGCUUGAGUUCUCAGUGAUUUUUUUUAAGAGCUCACAGUGAUUUUUAAGCUUCCUCUGAUAGCAGAGAGAGAAUGAGAAUGGGAAUGUUCUGAUGUGUAGGGAAAACAGAGUUUACGCUUGUGACCUGGAUUCAUGUUUGUUUACCAGUAUGAAACACACUGUAUCUAUUUUGAUUGAUUUUUCUUAUGGAAAGAAAAGUAGUUUUGCUUGAAAUAUUUUCCAAGGCUUUGCACUCACUUUUUCAGCAGAGGAAAAGAAAACUUCUUCUAGAAUUGGCUUUUGCAUUUCUAUUGAACCAUGCAUGAAUUUCAUCAGAGAGAGUCAGAGACAGAGAACCCUUGAAAGCCACAGCACAUUUGUUCUUUUCAGGGGCAUGCUAUUAGAAUUGUCUCCCUACUCAAUACAGGAAAGAAGACUUUCAGAAUGAGAUAAAAAGAUGGAAAUGUUCUUGGGCCUUUGUUAUGAAUGUAAUAUUAUAAGUACACAGGAAAUUAAAAAAUUAGAAAAAUCAGAAUGCUAAAUGAAUGGAAAAGAGUGAAGGCAAGAUUCUUUUUAUAGGAAAUUCUUGCCAGUUAUUUUGGAGGAUAUAUUGGUGUUUGGAGUGAGAUGACUCAUUUUGUACUAAGAUUUUGGGUAAAGCAGCUCUUUUCCUGGCCAACUCAUAUCUGACUCAUUUACCACUAGUGAAUAAGGGAUAAAAUGCUCCUGGCUAAGAACCAUUG